ACCACAUUGACCAAAUGGUUUGGAGUGACUUUUGCAAUGAGCAAUCCAUCCCAAGAGUUUGUUGCCAAGGGGGAUUCCCGGCAAUGAUUACGGCGGAUGCUGCUCUUUCGGGUGGGAAAGCAUUUGCCCGAACGGCGAUCUCGCGGUUCCUCUUUAUCUUGAGUCCUGCACUUUCCUUGCAGUGACUUAUUUCUCAUGGACUUGCUAUCAUCUGUACACAAUUAGACCUUACUAAUGCGUCUCCAAAGGCAAUUGGUUUACUUUCAUCCACCCUUCUUUGAACACUAAAGCCCGUCAUGAACACGGAUCUGGAGAAGCACAGGCAAACAGAGGAAGCCGAAUCACCCCACUUUGGCAAAGAGUCCUUUGAACAAGACAUUGAAUCUUCUGGCUCAGACGACAAUGGAAUCACCCUCAAACGAACUGUAUCGCGAAAAGCACCACAUCCUGAGUGUCCUCGCUGCAAGCAAGGUCUUACAGAUGAAGAAGGAGAACCUUGCCACGAGCAUGAUGGCUUCGAAACAGAUCCGAAUCUCGUUCUCUGGGAUGGAGAUGACGAUCCAGCGAAACCCAUGAACUGGCCCAUGUGGCGUAAAAUGUGCUUCUCGGUCGUCGCUAGCUGCUUCGUCAUUGCAGUGUCAAUUUCCUCCAGCAUCUUUGGCCCAGCUACUCGAGUCACUGCUCAGAUCUAUGGUGUCUCUCACGAAGUUAUGAAUCUGGGUAUCACGCUACACAUUCUUGGAUUUGCUUGUGGACCUCUCAUCUUUGGACCUUUGAGUGAAGUGCUCGGACGUACUAUACCCCUCUGGAUCGGUCUUUUCUUCAUGGGUCUCUUCCAGAUUCCAGAAGCUGUUGCCACAAAUGUCGCAACUAUCCUUGUAUGUCGCUUCCUCCAAGGCUUGUUUGGUAGUGCCAUCUUUGCUGUUGUCAGUGGCAUGUUCGUCGAUAUCUGGUCACCGAUUCAUAGAGGUGUCGGACUGGGUCUAUCAGCCACAUGUAUCAAUCUUGGCUCGACAUUUGCUCCCAUCAUCGGCGCCUAUGCAACAAACCAUCUAGAGUGGAGAUGGACGGCCUGGCUCACACUUAUUUACUGCGGCUUGAUUGGCUUCUUUGGCCUGCUCAUCAUACGUGAGAGCUUCGAGCCGGUCCUCCUUGCUCGCAAAGCCAAACGUCUGCGCGCGAAGACGGGCAAUGAGCACUUCUAUGCCAAAUUCGAAGAAAAUCCCAUUGACUUCAAGAUCCUGAUCCACAAGUAUGCCACAAAACCAAUAAGGAUGUUUGUUCAGGAACCCAUUCUCAUCUUCUGCACAAUUUACCUUACGAUCGUUUACGGCACACUCUUCCUAUCAUACCAGGCCAUCCCAUUCUCAUUCCGCAAACGUGGCUGGAGCCCUUCAGUCUCAUACCUCCCCUUCAUCGCCGUAACCCUCGGUAUCAUCAGUGCCUGGAUCCUCUUCUCAAUCUUCACCUUAACAUGGUACAAGCGUCGCUGGCUAGUAAACAAAAGCGCACCACCAGAAGACCGUCUCCCACCCAUGAUUCUUGGCGCCUGCAUCCUCCCACCCGCUCUCUUCUGGUUAGGCUGGUCUCAAGAAACCCACUGGGCUUCUCAAGUCAUAGCCGCCUAUUUUGUUGGCCUUGGUCUGCUUCUCAUCUUCAUCUCUGGUAUCGUGUACAUUGUCGAUACCUAUCUUGUAAACUCCAACUCUGCAAUGUCCAUCCACAUUGUUGUAAGGAGUAUUGUAUCUUCUUCUUUCCCUCUGUUUGCGGGACCUAUGUUUGAGGGCUUAGGAACAGGGUGGGCUUGCUCAGUAUUAGGAUUCGUGUGUUUGAUCAUGGUCCCAGUGCCGAUUGUGUUUUACUACAAGGGCAAGACUAUUAGAAGUUGGAGUCGUUUCGCGCCGGAUUAGAGUUUAUUCCCAUUCUUCUAUAGAUGAUAGCAAUACAUGCAGAUAGCUAUCUUCACCGACGGCAAGUCGAUUGUUUUCAA